GUCGCUUUAAGACCGAUUUCCCCUCAUUGUCGUGAGCAGGAAGAGAGAAACGAAAGCAGAGACCGAGAAGGGGGGCAGAGGGGGGGGGGAGGCGCAUUUAAGCCCGAUGCCGCCGGCGCGCACUGACGGUGACCGCGGGGCUUCACGACGGAGGAGCGCGUCACCAACACGGACAUCCCUCCCCCCCCCGCGCUGCAGUGUCCCGUUAGAUCGCAACGACGGUGUUUUCAUCUAAAGACCACAAAGUAAGAGAAACAGUGGAGAGACACAAAAGUGUCCCGUGCGCGGUUAUUGACUUCAGGAAAUGGUGACAGCGUGUCCUCCAUCACCGCGUAGCAGCUCACCGCGUCAUCCUCUCGCCUCGCGGCCGUUUCCACUGGACCCGAUCGGCGACUGAUCGAAGACACAAGGAGGCCGAGCCGGCGCGUCGGAGGCUGUGGGAGCAGGUGCGACGCGCCGUGGGUUUAAAAAAAAAAAAACCCUAUCGCGAUCCGCCUGGACAUCAGUGGACAUGGCAUCCGCGAUAGAGAGGAAGACGAUGGAAGCAAACGAGGAGCCGGUGGAUGAGGUUCUCCAGAUGCCGCCGUCUCUGCUGACGUGCGGCGGUUGUCAGCAGAGCAUCGGCGACCGAUUCUUCCUGAAGGCCAUCGAGCAGUACUGGCACGAGGACUGCCUGAGCUGCGACCUGUGUGGCUGUCGACUCGGGGAGGUGGGCCGACGGCUCUACUACAAGCUGGGAAGGAAGUUAUGUCGGAGAGACUACCUCAGGCUUUUCGGUCAGGACGGUCUCUGUGCUUCCUGUGAGAAGAGGAUUCGAGCAUUUGAGAUGACGAUGCGCGUGCGGGACAAGGUUUACCACCUGGAGUGCUUUAAGUGCGCCGCCUGCCAGAAGCACUUCUGCGUGGGUGACCGCUACCUGCUCGUCAACUCGGACAUUGUGUGCGAGCAGGACAUCUUUGAAUGGACAAAACUCAACCACAACAGCAUGAUUUAGCAGAAUGAAGAGUGUCACCUUGCCUCUUAUUUAAAAGGGAAUAAACCAUUGAGGAAAUAGACUUUCUGUAGCCUUUGCAGGCAUUAAAAUUAUGUUAACAUGGAAAUGAGAGGCUACUUCUCUGCACUGCCCCCUUCUGGUGAUAAAUGAAAACGGCACCAGCAAUGACAGCUUUUAAUCAUUGGCUUCAUCCUUAAAUGCAAAGAAGAAAACAGUACUUAAACAGGCAAUAAUAGUUGGGUUUUUUUAUACACUGGAAUUGUAUUUUUUAGCAAUGAACAAAACCUAAAUCUUUGUCAAGUUUAUUUUUUGUCCAACACUGUCUAAUCAACCUCAGACUUAUCUGUUACAUUUUGUGUUUGAAGUUUUCAAUGAGAAUUUUUUAGGAUUCUUAAUUUCCUGAGAAAUGUGACAGUAUUAAUUAUAGCUAAUAUAGAUACUUAUUUAAAGGAGUUGCUGCAUCUAAGUGAAUACCAAUUUAUUAAUCAUUUAUUAUUGUAAGCCUGAAUUAUCGCUUUAUUUUGAAUUGAACGUUUCCUCCAAACAACGUUUGGAUGUUUAGCGAAACGGCUGGACUGACUGUACCUAAAUAUCUGUUGUUCUCUGCAGACAAUCUCCCCUGGAUUUAUUUAUAAAAUGUUUGAAUUCAUUAGGAAUUAACAGACCUGUAAAUUGUUACUAAAAAUGUACUGACAUGCCAUACACAUUCCCCCUUGAAAGGUCCUUGUCAGAUAGAUUUGUGCUGCAUUGCCAGAGGCGCCCCCUGGUGACCAAGGGAUCCCAUGUAAAAACUAAUGUUACAGACUUUGGAGCUGUGUCUUUUUGUAACCGAUACACCACUCCGGGCGUGCACCAAGGUCUUUUUGGACAUUUACUAUUGAAUAAAUUUCAGAGAAUUUAAAAGAAACUGA